CCGGCGUCAUCUAAACCCGCAGAGAACAGCUGAUCGUGACGUCACUCGUCAACAUGGCGGACUGGAAUAGAGGUCAUGGCUCUGUGGACGACAUGCUUGAUACUGAAAACAAACGCCUGGCUGAGAACCUCGCCAGCAAAGUCUCCAGACUGAAAUCUCUGGCGUAUGAAAUCGACCGAGAGGCUGAAGAUCAGAAUGAAUAUCUGGACGGCAUGGACUCGAACUUCCUGAGUGCGACCGGCCUGCUGAGCGGCAGCGUGAAGCGCUUCUCCACAAUGGUUCGGUCCGGCAGAGACAACCGCCGCAUCCUCUGCUACGUCUCCGUGGGCCUGGUUCUGGCCUUCUUCGUGCUCUACUACAUGGUCUCCAGGAUUCAGCGCUGACGGGAGAGAGACCCCACGAUCAGCCUGGAGCUGAAACUGAAAACUCAUAUCUGAAAAUACUUUUUAUUCUGCACCAAAGUGAGAAAAACAAACAGGAAGUGGAAGUUUCUGUUAAAUCGUUUGAACAAGGGGGUGUGGAAAUGCUCAGCAGUGGGGGGGGGAUGGGUGCGGUCAGGCCAAAGAUACUGGAGUUUAUAAAAUAACAAAACAAUAUUGGACUUGAGGGAGGCUUUUCAACUGUACCUUUGUCCCUUUCUAAGGGAGUCAGGAAAUCCUUAUGUGGGCAAUGGAAUGGUGGAGCCUGAAUGCAGCUCUGUGAUAGGCUGGUGAACCUGUCAAUCAUGACCAACUUGCCUCGAAGAGUCCCAUGUCCAGACAACCAAAAAAUUGUACGCAAGUUUUGGGUUGUAGCAAUUGUGUUAUAUUAUGUUACAAAAUACAGAAAAUGUCAAACUAAAAACUUAACAAAGCUGCAGAAGAAUGAAGUACAAAUGUGCUUUUGGUGGUGAGACAUAAACAGAAAGGUUAUGGGGGGGGGGGGGGGAUAUUAAAUUGUAUUUUUGAAUGAAAAUUGAGUUUAAAUUAUUCAGAUUUUAAUGGAUGUAAGCAUGCAUUUAUUGUCAACACAAAACAAAGAUUUUCUAAGAUGUUUUCUAUCAAACAGCAGAAAAACCUUACACUUGAGAUUUACUUGUUUGGAGUGAGUCUUGAAGGAUUGUCAAUCAACUGUUUAUUUUUCAUGCCUUUUUGUUGUAAACAAGAGUAGAUAGCUCUCGUUAGCAUCCUCUAAAAUGUUAUGGACUCUGAAGACAAGACUAAGCUAAUACUCCCCACAUGCCUAGAACUGCAACGAUAAGACUGAAAAAUAAUCAAACUGUUCUGUCUGAACUCUUAAGGUACAUUAAUCCAAAAAUGGCAGAAAAGGCAGAUUUUAGCCCCUUUUCUCUUAAAGUGAAUAUAUUUUGGAUGUUGGGACUGGCAAAACACUUAAAGACAACACCUUGGACUCUUGGGGUUUUUCUGGCGUUUGAUAAAGAAAAUCUGCAAGUUGUUCAAUAAUUGAUAUAAUCGUUAGUUGCAGCCCUACACAUUUCCCCCAUACUGAUCUAUUUUGUUUGAACAAACCUUUCAACAUCGAUGUGUUCAGUUGCAGUUUUAAGUUUUGUGUGUGUGUGUGUGUGUGUGUGUGUGUGCGGUACCGGAUUCCUUAUUGUAAUUAAUAUGACAUGUUGGGCGAUGUUCUGGACAAUUGUGGACUUAUCACAUUUAGUCUAAAGGGGAUUUAAAUGCAUGUUUACAUUCCAGCUGUCUGCACUGCUAUUCAGCCACAGACAAGAUUACGUUUAAUAAUACACAUGCAAUAAAUGGUUAUAUUUUGAUACUUAUUGGGUUUAUUUGGGCCCCUUUUUACCUGAUGUAUUCACGUUGUGGGCAUAUGUGAAAUGGUCUUCAAUGAAGAAGGGUUUAUUUUUAUUUUUCUAAUCAUAGUUUGACUCUUUGAUUACCUUUUCAUGCUACUUCAUACUUAGACUCCACUAUACAUGUCAGAGGGAUUUAUUGUACAUUACAGAAUAAUGUUUUUUUCUACAUACAAAACUCUGGAUAAAUACUGAGCAAAACCCAGAGGUAUAGCGUUCAGCGGUGGAUGGAUAGUCCCCGCUAAAUGUCUAUUCAAAUGUGCCGGAAGCGCUCCACUGACUCUGCGAUGACAGCUUCUUCUGGUAGCAUGUUCCACUCUGAACCACAUACAUACAAGAACAACAUCUGACAUCUGGGGGGGUUAACAUCGUUCAGAAAUUCAAAUGUGAGGAUUUUGUGUUUUUCCUUGUAAAUAUUUUAAUAAAAAGUAUAUCAUUCUUUAA